AGGCUCAGCUCAGAGCAGCAGGUAUGUUCCCUCACUGUGGUGGGCCCUUGCCUCUGGGCAGGAUGCAGGGAUGCUCCAGUGAUCCCUUGCCAGUAUAACUGAGGGCUGCCAGGUGGAAGUGACACAGCUUGUGGCCUUUCCCAGGGGUCACGUGCUGAGUGCCAGAAGCAUUACUGCUUUGAUGGUGCUGUUGCUUCAGGAAUCUGAAAGAUGCAGCAGUGUUUGAUAGUGGUGACCUGGGGAGAGACUAACAGCUGGGACAUGGGGACAGAUAACAGCCACUGUCCAGCUGCGUGAGCCUCUGGGUGUAUGAUCCACGUGGAGCUCUUGAAUUAAUUAAUUUUCUAACUCCUUGUAUUUAAAAUAAAGGUGUCUUUUGCAGUAGUGCUUGCUGUCUGCUUGAGUAAAGGUAGUGCCCAGUGCUGCCCACUGAUCCCCAGAGUACUGGGCAAACAGGGCAGCUCUGUGCUUCUCUGUGGCUGCUCUUGCUCAGCCAGAGACUUGAGGUCUGCUGCAAGGAGGAGCUGGUGGAUGGAGAUACAGUGUGGCUCUGGGGAAGUGUUUCUGGACAAACCUGGUGCUUCCGCGUGGGAUGCUUGAAUGGUGGUGGUGGUGGGCAGCUGUAUGGUCACCUUAGACCAUCUUCACACUGGAUGUGGGAAAAGCCAGUGCUGGCUGAUGGCACAUUACCCUUCCUCAGCUUUGGCUCCAGCGCCUGAUGUUGCAAUAAGGGUUCUGGGAAAAGACAGAUCACGAUGUCAUCUGCCCCCUCACUCUUCUCGGCACCCAGUUUCUGUUUCUCUGGGACAGGGUCACCUUGCUUGGAGUCCUGCUGGGCCCCUGGUACUCCCUGCCCUGCCCGAGAACACCCACGGCAAUGGUGCUGCCCAGCUGAGUCCUUGCCUACAGAUGGCAGCCCUGCAAGCGAGCGGGAAGUGUCUGGGGAGUAUCAGCCAUGCCUUUUGAGCUUGAGCUUACUUCCUCCUGGGGGUCAGAGGGGAACGGGGCGUUUCUCCUCAGCAGUCCGUCGAUGCUGGGAAGCGGGGGCAGAGCCCGCGUCACUGCGUGUUCGGAGCAUGAGCUGGCGUUUCCAUCACCGUGAGGUCACCGCAGCGUCUGCCGUUUCCAGUCCGGAGUAGGAGGGAGGGCAGCUGCCUAGCGCUCCAGCCUGCUCCGCUCYGCUCUGCAAGCGACUGGAAAGCCUUUUGCCUCGGCGGCGCCGGAGCAGAGCACUGCCAGCGAUGCCGACAAGGGGCUGGCUCACCUCCCUGUGGGCUGCCACUUUGAACGGGCGCUCACCACUGCAUGCUGGACAGUGUCAGGGAAAUCAUUGCUUUCAAGAGGAUGGUGCUGGCUCCUGCCUUUUUCCUGGCUGCCGAACAGCUUCCCCAAGACUGGCAUUUCCAUCACUUAGGGCUGCCUGUUGCUCCCAGGGCUGAGGAGGCUGUAGCAGAGCAUAGGGAGGUCGGGAUAGAGUUGCCCUACAGGCCUCGGGCUGAGCUCUGCUCACAGCCCCUGUAUACAGCAGGGCUGGCCGAGCCGUGACUUCCCCCCCCCGCCGUGCCGCCCCCUCUGCCCCUUAUUUCCGAAACUAUUUACGAAAAUCUGGGCGGGAAAAGGCGCGUCUGGGCUGGGAGGGAGGGGCUCCCGCUCUCCCGCCUCUGCCAGGCAGCGCCAGUAGUGCAGUUGGCGUGCGCUGGCGUUCGGAUCGGAUUGGUGCGGGAGCAGCGGGUCCCCGGCCAAGCUCUCGGCAGCGGCGGCGAAUUAAACUGAGUUCACCUGACGGGGAUCGCAUCGGAGGGAGCCGAGCAGAGGCCGUGGGGAGCCGCGCCGCCGCGCGAUGUGCUGUGCUGGGCACCUGGAUGGAGCCCCUUCUCAAUGAAUGAAAGGAUGCUCCUUUUCCAAUGAAGGGAGAAGCCCACAGGGAGAAGGCACUGGGCUUUUAAGCAUCUGGACAUCACCAAGGAAAGAACAAAAUGAUGGGCGAAAAAAUGGCCAGUAUUGGGAAGAAGCUCAUUCGUCGGCGGCUUGUUGACCUGAGUUCCGAAAACACACAUUUUGCUCGCUGCCUGUCCACACUGGACCUUGUAUCCCUGGGGGUGGGCAGCACCCUAGGAGCCGGUGUGUAUGUCCUGGCUGGAGAGGUAGCCAAGGAAACGGCUGGUCCAUCGAUUGUCCUGUGCUUCUUGGUGGCUGCUUUCUCAUCGGUACUGGCUGGGCUCUGCUAUGCAGAGUUUGGGGCCCGUGUCCCCAAGGCCGGCUCUGCCUACCUCUACAGCUAUGUCACCGUUGGAGAGAUCUGGGCUUUUAUAGCCGGCUGGAACCUCAUUCUCUCCUAUGUGAUAGGUACGGCCAGUGUGGCUCGAGCUUGGAGUGCAACAUUUGACAACAUCAUCGGCAGCCACAUCUCCACCUUCUUCGCCAACAAGACUUCAAUGCACCUACCGGGAGUGCUGGCUGAGCGUCCAGACUUCUUUGCUUUACUCCUGAUUGUCUUGCUUACGGUACUGCUGGCCUUUGGUGCCAGCGAAUCUGCCCUUGUGAACAAAAUCUUCACAGCGGUGAACCUGUUGGUGCUGAGCUUCGUCAUCAUCGCUGGCUUCAUCAAGGGAGACAUCAAGAACUGGCAGCUUUCAGGGGAGGACCAUGUCAACUGCUCACUGUCAGACUCACCGGAUGACAUGAAAAAAGCUUUUGGCUCUGGUGGGUUUGUCCCCUUUGGACUGGAAGGGAUCCUGACUGGUGCUGCCACCUGUUUCUACGCCUUUGUGGGCUUUGACUGCAUUGCCACCACAGGGGAGGAAGCCAGGAACCCACAGCGCUCGAUCCCCAUUGGCAUCAUCGUGUCCCUCUUCAUCUGCUUUGUGGCUUAUUUUGGGGUCUCUGCRUCCCUGACUCUCAUGGUGCCCUAUUUCUGCCUGAACAAGAACAGCCCUCUGCCUGAGGCUUUCAAAGCAGUGGGCUGGGAGCCCGCCCGCUACGCCGUUGCCGUUGGCUCACUCUGUGCUCUCUCCACCAGCUUGCUGGGCUCCAUGUUUCCCAUGCCCCGAGUGGUCCAUGCCAUGGCCGAGGACGGGCUGCUCUUCAAGGUCCUCUCUCACAUCAACAGUCGCACAAAGACCCCUGUGGUAGCCACCAUUGCCUCAGGCUUCUUCGCAGCGGUGUUGGCCUUCCUGCUUGACUUGAAGGACCUGGUGGACCUCAUGUCGAUCGGCACGCUGCUGGCCUACUCRCUGGUGGCAGUGUGUGUGCUCAUCCUCCGGUACCAGCCCAGACAGCUGAACUCCCCGCAGGCCAUGGAAAUGCUGGAGCUGAAUGGGAACGAGGAGGAGAGAGUGAUCAUGAACCCCACCGUCACUGCUGCCAGUGCCCAGCACAAAGAGACGUUGUCCCUGGCGAUGCUCUUCAACCCACCUGGGGACACCCCCACUGCACUCUCGGGGCGCAUUGUCUAUGUCUGUGUCGCCCUCAUUGCUGCACUGAUCACAGUCAUCUGUGUGGUCCUGAACCUCAACGUGGCCGCGCUGAAGGACGCCAACGUGGGCUGUGUCGUGACUCUGGUGCUGCUCCUCGUGGCUCUGCUCAUUCUCAUAAUCAUCAUUUGGAGGCAGCCACAGAGCAACACACGGUUAAACUUCAAAGUACCUUUCCUCCCACUCGUGCCAAUCUUCAGCAUCUUCGUUAACAUCCUGCUGAUGGUACAGCUGAGUGCCAACACCUGGCUGCAGUUUGCUGUCUGGAUGGUUUUGGGUUUUACUAUUUACUUCUUCUAUGGGAUUCGGAACAGCGUGGAAGGGAAAAAUGCAGAAAAAGCCUGUGCCACAAUAGAAAAGCCUCUGCAACAUCCUGGACUGGACCUCAGCCCUGGGGCUGCUGCCAUAUGAGGGGCUGGGCACCAGCACUCCAUGGACCUCUGCCAGUAUUCUCAUGUGGAGACAAGAUCAUGAUCCACACAGUACAUCUGCAGAUCCACACACUCGUGCAGAGAGUGAGUCCCAGAGUGAAGUAUUAAGGCCUGAACAACAGGCCCUGAGCCAAAGUUGACCUUUGAUGAACAUUCCAACCAAAUGUUGUGUGCAUCCGCUCAUCAACAAAGUAUUGUUAUAUGUGUUUAUUUAUUGGCAAAAUGUGUUCCUUUCCAUAUCUAGAAACCAGAUAAGGCUACUUCUGGCCUAAUUAGGGGUUGUAGGAUCAAGGACGACUCCCUUGGGUCCUCCUUGAGCCCUGGCCAGGCUUUGGGAGAAAGCCAGCAGGAAAAUGAAAUUAGAAAUUAUGACAGCUUGUUUAGGAGUACAAAAGCUGAGUGCUGUCACAGCGGAGGGGGAGCCUCGUGGCUGCAAAGGUGGAGGCACCGCAGCAGUUCCCAGUUACCAGGGGUGGUUCUCCAGUCCUUGGCUAUGACAGCUCCCCCCAAGCUGAUGUCUCUGGGACUUGGAUGAUGUGUCUUUACUGGGGUAACUGGUGAUGUAUCUUUCUUAAUCACUAUAGGCUUUCUUCUGUAGUAAUGAUUAGCAUUGCUUUGUAAUUCUUUGCUAAUGGUUAGGUGCAUUGCUGAGCUUAUCCUUUUGUGAUUCUCUGCAGUUUUACAUUACAGUAAAUGACACUAUUCCUUAAGUUGGUGUCUGUGCCUCUGACCCACAGGCAAAACAAAAUUGGCAUAGUCAGCUGGGUUAGAACCAACUGUUGCUUUUUAAGUCUAAAUGUAAGGAAUCCRUCCUAUCCGAAAUUCCUGGAUGGGAAGACCUUCCCUACAGUUUACUAGCCCUUGAGUGGGCUGUGGUUGGAGGACUGUGUGAGCAAUGGGAAGUCAUUUAAAAGAAGCUGAACUGCUGGACAUAUUGAAAUGCAUUCAAAAACCAUAUACUGAAAAAGAACUUGUGGGUUUGGGAAGGCAAGGAUGGAUUUUGUUAACAGUGCAUCAAACAAAACACCAACAAAAGGAACAGUUAUUGAAAUCUCUAACGUGUGAGUUGCAGAAUCAGAUUGUAAUGCUACAGAGCCAAAAUAAGCUGCCUGCUGAUAAUUUGGACACUUACCAGACUAACUGAAAAGGCUGCAGUUAGAGCAGCUCAGUGUAAGAAAAGGAGGGGAAGAAGUGAAUCACAGGAAAGGGCAUGCAGUGAUUGUACAGGGAGGUGUGCAGUAUGAUCCCUGUAAAUCAGGUGGAGAUAUUUGAAGUUCUUUGGAUUCUGAUGAGGUUGGUUCCCCAGAAGAAUUUGUACAUGUGAGACUGGCAUGGAGAUGAAAGGUAGAAUUAGUUGCUAAUGGUCAGUCAGGAGGGAUACUCAGAGAGGAUUAUACUCAGCAUGAAGCAAAUGAAAUAAUUGAACAGUUUAAGCAAAGACCAGGGGAACCCCUCUUCCCUUGGAUGGUGUGUUUGUGUUUGCAUGACCGGGGAGUAUCAGGGAUAACCCUAGACUCAGGGCAGUCUUAAGUUUUUAGUUUUGAGCUAGCAUUCUGAGCAGGUUGUGUUUUGAAAUAACAUUCAUGACACUUACUUGCUAGCUUUGGGUGCCUUGGAUGUAAAACUGAAUACCCUACAGAAAAUGAUUACAGGCCAGGUUCUGAAAGUUAGAGAUAUAGUUUGCCAGACUGUAUACAGUGAAUAAAGCAGGGAGGUAUGAGAUUGGCAGCCUUUACCAGAGACCCUGACUCUUUGAUGUGAAAUGCUUUGUGUGUUACUGUGAGAGCUAAUUGGACUGCUCCACCAGCAUAUAAAAAUGUAAUCACGACUGUCUUGAUUAAGGAGACAGGGAAUCAAUCCUCCAGAUGAAAUAAUUGAGAAAAUAACAGCAGCUGGGUGACCCUGGUGAACGGGGCCUGUGCAGUAGUGCAGGGAACUGAGAUACUUGAUACAGCUCUGAAGGGAGUCAAAACAAGACUCCUUGCAAAGAAAUGUUUGCAGCUUUAUUAAAAUAUGCUAUAUCUCAGGAAAAAAAGGAUAGAAUUUCAAUCCAUGAGCUAUGGCAUAUUUAUAAUCGGAGAGGGUUGAAUAAAUAAAGUAACAAAGUGCAGAAUUCUGAGGCAAACAAUGCAGGAACAACUCAGGCUAUGGCACCCUUGUCAGAGCCUCAAUGGGAUUUCACAUCUGCUCACGGAGGACCCCCUGUGAGUGUAUCAGUUAUUCUGGGGGAGAAGACAGAUUGGGAACCAUAUUCUGAUUUGUAUCUUUAGAAAAAGACUAGGGGAAUAUUCAGGAUGGCCCCUAUGUUUAUUUGCUGUAGGAGCAGAGAGCAAAAUCUCUUUGAUUUCUCCUAUGGAAGCUAAAUAACUAAACUUAAGUUUAAAAAAAAAAAAGUUUGACUGGCUUUAUUGGAAAAGUAUUAUCUGUUACACUGCCAAAAUAAUAAUAGUGAAUCCAAAAUUUUACAAACAGUCUCUCUCCAGAUAAUAUGAUCAGAGGAGAACCUCCCCCAAACUGUAGGGUAAGCUGCAGCCGUCAUGAGGCAAGCACUUUGUGAAGUAGAAGUUGACUUCUGCUCACGUGAAGUAGAGAGACUCCACCUGAACCUUUUAAAUUCAAUUAAGUUAGCAUUUGCAGCCAAGAAUGUUUCCUUUCUUUUCAGCUUCACAGGGACCGUGAAUGAAUUGCAUAUGGAUGGAUGGAUUAGGUUACACCAAACUUGAAUGUAUAUAAGAAAUACUGUUACUAGUUUUGGCACUAAUACUAUUUCUGCUAUGCAUAAUUAUCUGGAAACCUAAAUUUGUUUACCAGACAUCAGAAUUGUGGUACAUUUUCACUUUUACACAACCCUCCUUUAACUAAACAAUGGCUUUUAACAAAUAUUUUAUACCUCAGUGAGUGAUAAUUAAUGAAAAAGAUGAUCAAUUGAUAUACCUAUUACAAUCAUAAGGGAAGGUGAAGAAGGUACCUCACUCAUUAAAUUCAAAAGUCAAAUUUGGAAUGAUUGAAUUUUUUAAAAAAGUGAUUCCAGUCCUGGUGUUACCUAGUCAAUCUUACCAGCAGCACAGCCCAGCUAUUGUGUUACCAAUAUGCAGUUGUUGGGUAAAUGAAAUAUACCAAAUCAUUGCAUUAGGUUUAAAUCCCAAUGGGACUGUACUCUAUCCUUUGGAGCAUAGAGUAUGGGCCCAAAAAGAUGGGAAAAAAUAUCAAACUGUUCAUAUCGAUGCAUACCUUGUGCAGGAACAACAAGGAUUCAUUUGUGAAAGUAACACUAUCAAAGUUCAAAAUACUUGUCUUGACACUGAGUGAAAUGUUUGUCAUUUUGAGAUUAAUUCAGAUGAAAGCCUGCAAACAGUAUUUGUGUAUAUUGGCAAAGGAUGUGUUUGCAUGAGAACCUCUUGUGAUUUUGCAUUUGUAGAUAACAUUACUGUAGGUCCAAGAAGUCACUCCAAUAUUUGUGCUUGUAACUGUAUCACAGGGACAGGAUUUUAGUUAUUUAUUUUUAGUUUUAUUUUUUUAAGGAUAGUUUUUUUUUUAGUUUUUUUUUAGUUUUUUAGCUCCCGUUAUAUACUGUCAAUUUUUGGAAUCUAACUAUAUACCCUGAUCCAAGACUUGCAGCCUACUGCCAUCAGUAUGAGCCUCACACUGGUAAAGGAACUGUUGCAACAUGCAGACCUGAAGCAUUUGCUCAAACAAGCUCAAGAAAAUGGACUAAAGACUUUGCUGUCAGUCAUGGUGUGGCAGAAAUACAUGGUGUGCUGGAGCGGCUGAAGAAAGGUGGAGGACGCUGAUGGCAGGACACUCUUUUUGGAUGGGUGCUUACAGCUAUCAGAAUUCUGAACCCCCUGCUUCACCCUGUUUUUUAUUGAUGCUAAUCCUUUUGCUUUUUUGUUCUACUAAUUGCAUUGUAUGUUAAGGUUUGGAUGCUCAUGAAACAAUUCACUUACCAACUACCUCCACUGAUAGCAGACAAUCCAUGCGGUACCAAAGCAUGAAAUAUUCUCCAGCUCUGUUGGAUCUUGUGACGUUUGAGUGACUGUAGUCACAGGGUAGAUUAUGUGGGAAAACCUGUGGACUGGUAACUGGGGGUACAAUGCAAGGAAACUGAGGAGUUAUAUUAGCAUCUUAACAGGAUUUAUAACACUAUGGAAAUUAUAGGGUACAUGUUACACUGUUYCUUAAGUUGGUGCAUGUGUCUCUGACCUUACCCACUGGCAAAACAGAGUCAGUACUGCAGAACCAGGUCAUGUGCUGCCCCUUCCUGGCACAGCAAAGUCCCCUGGCUGGAUGGGAGCACUGGUGGCCCAGGGCUGGUCUCUGCCCUCCAGUUCCACAGCACAGCCCUCCCUCCAUGAAAGUUGCUUUCCCCGUGCAUAGGAGGCCCCACGUGAUGGUGCAGCUGUACUCAUCCCAUCUGUCAUGUGGCUGUGUUCACCACCUCCUCUCUGCUUUCCAGGUGCCAGAAAUGUGCAUGGCAGCCAUGGCCGGAGCUCUGCAGGAAGGCUCGGUACAACUUGUUCUGGUACUCAUGGCACUGCCAGCAGCCUGGUGCUGCCCAGCCCAUGCUGUUUGGCGUAAAUAUCUUGCUCAAGUGUCUGUGAGAUGUCCUCAGUGUAGUGGUAGUCGUGUCCAACCUCAUCUGCCUUUCUAUAAUUUUAAAGCAAAUUUUAAAAUCUAUUAAACUAAGUGGUUUUUUAAGUGCUUUUCUCUGUUGGUCUUUUUGCAUCUCAUGUUAAUGCCCUGUGRUCAUGGGCCCCUGAGCAGGACCCUCCAUGCCACUGCAGAACAGUGCUUGGUCCCAGCCAGCUGUGCUGGGUGCGGUCCCUGCCCAAAAUCUGCCAGCUGGAGCCACCAUCCCUCAGGCUGUCCCCUGGGAUAGUGAGCCUGCGAGCCAGGAGCUGGGGAGCAGUGCUUCAGAGCAGCUCAAACCAGUGCUGCUGGUACCUGGAGGGGGCAGGACAGCAGCCUGUCAUGGCCCUGCCUUGCAGGCCCUCUGCUGCACGGGCUUGUGUCACCAGGUCCCAGAGUGGAUGCACUGAAGGCCUUGGGAAUGGCACCUCCUGGAGGCACCAGCAAUGGUCUGCAGAGGAAGCCUGACAGGAGCUGGGCUGCAUCCAUGUAAGAUGAUGAUAUUCCAGAUUUUGUUCUGGUCUAAAUCAGA